CACCCUAUUGAUGGAUCCGAACGAUAUACUCGACUUUGAUGCCUUUUAUGAAGAAAUGGUAGAGGAUUAUAUGAAUGACACAAGUGCAGAAGAUUACUUGAGGAUGGUGCAAGAGAGCCAACAACAAUCUGAUGACACCGUUAGGCGAAGAAGAAAGGUGAUAGAGCGAUCCCGUGAAGAAGGUCACAAUCGAUUGUUCAACGACUACUUUUCUGAAACCCCUGUAUUCACAGAAACCAAAUUCCGACGAAGGUUUCGAAUGCGAAGGGAGUUAUUUCUUAGAAUUGUAGAAGCACUUGGCAAUCAUGACAAUUAUUUUCAAAUGAGGGUUGAUACCAUACGUAAAAAAGGUCUUUCACCAUUACAAAAGUGCACCGCCGCUAUUCGUAUGUUGGCAUACGGAUCACCUGCUGACAAUCUGGAUGAGUAUGUAAGAAUUGGUGAAAGUACUGCAAUUGAGUGCUUAGAGAGAUUUGUAACGGGUGUGAAUGAAAUAUUUGGAGCCCAGUACUUGAGGAGACCGAACAAAGAGGACACUACACGCCUACUACAAAUGGGGGAGUCUCGUGGAUUUCCAGGUAUGUUGGGUUCCAUUGACUGUAUGCAUUGGGAAUGGAAAAAUUGUCCAGUUGCAUGGAAAGGUCAGUAUUCUCGAGGUGAUCAUGGCAAACCCACAAUCAUGCUUGAAGCAGUGGCAUCACAAGACUUGUGGAUUUGGCAUGCUUUUUUUGGCAUUGCAGUUUCUAACAAUGAUAUCAAUGUGCUAAACCAAUCUGAUGUGUUUAACAAUGUGUUGAAUGGCACAGCUCCUGAAGUGCACUACGAGGUGAACAGAACACAAUAUCAUAUGGGUUACUAUCUAGCGGAUGGUAUCUAUCCCGAGUGGGCUACAUUUGUCAAGACAAUCCCAAUGCCACAAGGAGAAAAAAGACAAUUGUUUGCCAAAGCACAAGAAGGAGCAAGAAAGUGUAAGACCCAAGUUUUUAAGCUUAUGCUUAGUGAAUAAAAUCUUAUUCACGAUUAGGGUUGAUGUAUUGUGAAAGGAAACCUGAACAAGAGUUUGUCAAAUGGAAUAGAUUUAUGAAGGAGAAAGUUCAGGAAAAGUCAAAGGAUUUUAUCGAAGUCGAUUUAAGUUAUAGCACGAUCGUUAUACGCUUAAACCUAGGUCAGAAACCCUAGUAUAUAGCUAAUUUUCACUUUUAGGCACGACGGAAGUUAAUUCCAAAAAUCUUCAGAGAAAUGUUAGAACUUCUCUUUUUCCAUAUAUCAAAAUCUUUUCGAGGCGAAACUCUAGGAUCUACGAACGUCCGAUUCCAAUCAUCGGAAGUUUGCCGAAACCGAAUCCCUGGUAUUUCAAAACCCUAGAAUUUCUCGACAAUGAAGACUUUAUCUAUUCAGAGCUUCAAAUGAAUAUUCUA